AUGAUGGCGGUAUCCUGGCGCGUGCGGUGGAAGCGGCGCGAUUCCUGCUCGGAGUCGCGGAGCAUUUGCUGCUGGAUGAUGCUGCUGGGGACCAGUAGAAGGGUGCGGGCCAUGGCUACGUCGGAGGGUAGCGAUCGAUCAGCACUGCUGGCUUCGAGGGCGGCCAGAAGACGCGGCAUUGCUGUCUGCGGACGAAGGAGUGCGGUUAGCAUGGGGCCUGGCGGCCAGCCGCAGCGGAGGAGGCGAUCCUCCACCUCGACGAGGAAAGCUGUGGCUGCUGCCUCUUUGACCCUGCUGGCGCUUGGCCGCCGCGUGGGUGCGGGAUGGAUCGACCCCGACACGCCGGAGGCGGCCAAGACCAUCCGCUCACUGCACGAUGGCGCGGAGUACGAGCUGAUCAUGUCCGACGAGUUCGAGGUCAACGGGCGAUCGUUCGACGACGGGCACGACCCCAUGUGGACGUCGACUACCCACUCCGAUGACGCGCAGACGUCCAACGGGCUCGGGUCGCAGCAGUUCUACAACGCGUCCUACGGCACUACGACGAAGGGGAGCAUGAACAUCACCACCACGGACGAGUCGACCACCUGGCGAGGCUACAACCCCUACAAGCGCAAGUACGAGACGCUCUCCAAGAGCUACCGCAGCUCCAUGGUCAACACCUGGAACAAGUUCUGCUUCACCGGAGGCAUCAUCGAGAUCGACGCCAAGCUGCCAGGGGAGCACAACAUCGGGGGCCUGUGGCCGGCCUUCUGGUUGCUGGGAAACCUCGGCCGCGCGACUUACGAGGCCUCCACCAACCUCGUCUGGCCCUGGAGUUACGACAAGUGCGACCCCAAGCUGCAGCGAGCGCAGGAGAUCAGCGCCUGCAACAAGAUCAACCACUUCGGGAUGCACGGGUACCAGGGCCGCGGAUCUACGGAGAUCGACAUCCUGGAGGCCCAGCCUGGGACGUCCGACGACCCGCUCUUGAACCUCGGCAAGGUCAACAGCCCGUACUUGUCGACGACGCUUCAGCUGGCCCCGGGCAUCCCCGUGCACCGGCCGACCAACGGCGAGCUGCUCUCCCCGGAGAACACCUGGUACGAGGGCAUGCAGUUCGCGCAGAACUCCUCGCUGAACUACCACUUCUACGGCAUGCACGUGGACAAGACGACCCCGCAGGAGCCCGUGUACCGAGGGGCGGACCAGGCCUACAUCGCCGACGCGAUCUCAGGGCUCACUUCCCUGACGCACACCCACUUCCACGAGUACCACAACUACAAGCUCGAGUGGGUCCCGCCGCCCCCGACCCGAGGGGACGCAGGGCCUCGCGGGCACCUCAAGUGGUACAUCGACGACGAGAUGGUGCUGGGCAUCGACGCCGAGACCGUCGAGAAGCACGGCACCCAGAUCCCGAACGAGCCUUCGUACGUCAUCCUCAACACCGCUGUGUCCAGCUCGUGGGGGUUCCCGGACCCAUGCCCCUCGGGAUGCGAUUGCGCCUGCUAUGAUUGCAAGGACCCGGCGUGCCACUGCGCCAUCCCGAACGGCUUCUGCGACAUGCUCCCUUCCUACUUCAUGAUCGACCACGUGCGUGUUUACCAAAACAAGAACGACAGCAGCAUGUCCAUCGGGUGCGACAUCCCCUCCCACCCGUCCAAGCUGUUCAUCGAGGCUCACAGGUACCGGUACAUGAGAACCGGAGACAAGAAGCCCCUCAAAGAUCUCAUGGUGGGCGGCGGGAAAUGCAACGACGAGACCGGCUGCCACCGGGGGAGGUGCCACUGGGGAAAGUGCAAGUGCGAGGAGGGGUGGGUCGGACCGCUGUGCCAGUCCACUCACAAGUUCGACGACAUCAGCUACGAGGAGCACGUGGACCUCUCCCCGAGGCCCAUCGCCGUGCCGGUGGUGCUGCAGGCGAUCGGGGGCGUUAUCGUGCUGCUGGUGCUGGGGAUGUCUUUCGUGCUAGGAAGACAGAUGAGCAAGACGAAGGGGCAGUACCGCGAAGACUUGCUGCGGAAUGCGUCUCCGCCCGCCGGCAUGAUGAGAUAAAUAGGUUGAUAGGUUGAAGCGCGACCCCGGCAGAGCAAGCUGUGCUUUUUUAGUUGUCGCCAGUUGGCGGCAUGGGUCACAGCUGUGGCCAUGCCGGCCCUCCCCCCGAAAAAUUCAGCGUCAUUUCAUGACCACGAGAUGAAGGUCGGACCCCUCAAAAUCACGUGGUAUUCAUUUUAGUUUUGUAUUACGAGGGAAGUUUGAAAUAGUGGAUGUUCCCUUCGGAAUCGACUGGGGCUAUCUUGACGUGUUCCUUUCGCCCGCGACAGGUACAUGUAGUGUUUUCUUGAAGUUAUCCAACCUAUGCAUAGGCACGCGCCCAAGUCUGGCGUCAGUAGAAUCGUGAUAUUCGUUGUUUGUUCGAGUUUUGUUUUCGUGUGCGUGGUGAUUGCUUGUAAGUUUCAAGCAAAUAGUUAUCUCCGUGACCCCACCAAUCGACUUUUCGACAACAGGAGUCGUCGUCCGUAGGUGUAAACCCUUGAGUUACAUGCAACUGCUUCGAAGGUCGAGGCUUCGGUGAAGGUCGGGAGGUGGCUGUGGAGGGCAGGAGGCGUUGGUGCUGUAAUGGAACAGGCGUCAUAAACGAAUCAGUCCCUUGGAACAAGGGCAGCAAAAGGGUAGAUGAAAAUCAACGGUCCGUUUUUUGGCAUUUGUAGGACGAACACACGAGCACUUGCAUCAAAUUCAUGGCAGAUUAAAAGGCAGAUGAUGCCUU